CAAUCUCUCUCUCUCUCUCUGGGUGAUCAAUAAUAAUACUGCACGCCCACUUUGUUCUCUUGCUCUUGUCACCGAACCUUCUCCUCAUCUUGCCCUCCCAUCAUUCUCACCCACCCACCUUCCUCCCUCCCUCCCUCCUUCCUUCCCCUCCCCUCCCCUUCCCUAAUUCUAUCAUCACUCUUCUUCUGCAGCAGCAGCAGCAGCAGCAGGAGCAGCAACACCACCAUCGCAGCAGUCGGCAGCACGUCGACGAGCAUGACGCAGACGACGUCAAAACCACCACCAGCAGCAGCAGCAGCAGCAGCAGCAGCAGAAGACAGAACGCAGCAACAGCAGCAGGGGGCGUCGGCGUCGGAGUCGGCGCUGCGCUGCCCGCGGUGCGAGUCGUCGAACACCAAGUUCUGCUACUUCAACAACUACAGCCUGUCGCAGCCGCGCCACUUCUGCAAGGCCUGCAAGCGCUACUGGACCCGCGGCGGCGCCCUCCGCAACGUCCCCGUCGGCGGCGGCUGCCGCAAGAACAAGCGCCUCCGCAAGCUUCCCCCCCACACUCCCAAAUCCACAUCCACCGCCACCGCCACCGCCACCGCAGCAGCAGCAGCAGCCCCACCUCCUCACCCUCUCCAGUUGAUCCCCAAUUCCGACUUCUCCGACACCACCGCCACCGCCAUCAAUCCGUUGCUGCUCUUCUCCUCCUCCUCCUCCGCCGACUUCUCCUUUCCCGCUCCCCCCAUCUCGCACCUCGACUCGAUCGACGUCGGCUACAUUUCGAAUCAGUUCCAGCUCAUGCCCGAUAAUUUGGUCGCCGCCAACAAUUUACUUCUCGAAUCCACGCUCUCUCAUCCGCCGCCCCCGCUCUACGGCGAAAAUGGAAGUGUGGGAUUAAUUAAGGAAGCCAAGUUACCUUCAUCUGAAUCCAUCUCUUCUUUUGCUACCAACAAUUUCUUUCCUUCUUCUGGGGGCAUCGGCGGCUACAGCUACGGUUAUGGCUACGGCUACGGCGGCUACGGCUCGUCCGUUGCACCUCUUAUUUAAUUGUCGUCGUUGUUUCGGUUUUACCAAUUAACUUCUUUGUAGGUUUGGUUUGUUUUCUUGUCGGAGGCAAAUUUCUCGAGCCCCAAUUGUGAUUUUUGUUCUCUUUUUCUUUGUUUUUAAAGUCAUAGUGGCGCGAAAAGAUGAAUGUUUGCUCUGAGAGGAUCCUCGGAUCCAGUAACCUUGGUUUGUUGCACCAUAAAUACAAGAAGAAUAACAACAACAACAACAAUAUGAUCGAAGGAGAGAGUGGAUAAUUAAAGAAGCGUAAGUUGGUUUUUCUUAUUAAUAUCUUUGUACUAUAUUAUUAUAUAUAUGUGCAAGGCAUGUUAUGUGUGUGAUGAACUCUUUCCCUAAUGCGUUAAUUGGCUUCAUGGGUUAUUUUCUUCUUCUUCUUCUUCUUCUUCUUCUCCUCCACAGAAAAUGUGAUCUUGGUGGUGUAAAACAAUUUAACAACUGAUAGUUAAUUUUCUCUCUUAA